GUCAAAUUUUGUAAACAAAUCGAAUUUUCAUUUUUCUGGCUAAAAAAUCAUCAAAUUUAAUUAAAUUAUUAAUUUUUCAUUAAUUUUAAGGCAAAAAUGUCGUCAAUUCAUGAACUCUGUGACGAGCUUUUAGAACAAAUUUUCGCGGAAUUAUCUCAUUUGGAAGUCCUUACCUGCAAACUCGUAUGCCAGCGAUGGCUCAAACUCCUGAUGACAAGUACUAAAUUCCACAAAAAUCGACAUUUGCACUUGAAAAAUUGCUUCAUCGAAUCGAAUCGACCUCCGAUGUCUGUGAUAAUGUCGGCAAAAUACUCUUAUGAGAUUAUUUCCAUCGUCAACAGCAAUCACGAGAUGUUUUACAACAAAUUUAAGGAUCUCAAGACUUUUUGGCAGUUCCUUGGCUUGACUUUGACUGAGUUAAAUGUUGAGGAACUCGAUUACAGCUGCUUUGAGCUCCUUACUGAAAUGAAAAAUUUGAAAAUCCUUGAAAUUUCGGAACUUUGUGUGCCUCUUGACGUGUUUGGAGAUCAUGGAACAAACGGGAAAAACCCUUCCGCAGGUUCAAAAUUUAAAAUUAGGUAAAAUAGACUUGAAACACUUGGGUGAUAACAUCAAUGUGAUACGAAAAAUCCUUCCGGGACUGAAAGAGAUGUCAGCUGAGCUCAUUUUUUUCAACGAACAAGGCACUCUUCAACAAUAUUCCUCAUUUUUCAUGAACCUGAAUCUCUUUAUGGCGGAUAUCAAUGGAAUAAAUGAGGUUUUGAAGCGAGAUAUGCUCGAUCAUACAGGAACUGACAUCAAAAUUCUCGAUUUUCAUGCCACCCAAGACCUGAAUUUGCUUAAAACUGCCUUGGAUAUCCAUCCAAAGAUCGCGGAAGUGCAUCUCGCGUGUAAAUUGGUGCCGGCGCCGACUUUUACGAAGAUCACUAAACUCUUGCUGAGCUUGAAUCACUUCACAAACCUUGAUGGGCUCACGGAAUUAGUCAAUUUGAAGGUUUUGGAGCUCGAUUGCAAGUAUCAGGGAUGCUCAUUUGGGCAUGCAGCACUAAAAUUAGACGCUUUGGAGUCGCUAAUCGUUCGUUGGAAGGAAUGUAACUGCCAGGAUUGCUUCUUUGCGCUCGCCAACAGCUUUGGGAACCUAAAAAAAUUGGAAUUAAGUCAUCAUCAAGGCGACAUCGACCAAUGGAUCGUGCAACAAUUCUUCAGAAAUUGGAAAUUUUUGGAAAAAAUGAAGAUAGCAACGCGUCCCUGUUCAUUUACGCUCGCAGAUGCACUACCUUUAACAGAAUCAGCUCGUCCUCAUCUCCGACAUUUCCAUUUAGGCGCCGCAAUUCAACUCACAGUCGAUAGUUUUUGCAAGUUGCUCUGUUUGUGUCCCGAAUUGCACACACUUUCGUUCGUUUUUGAAGCAAUUGACGUCAAUUUACUACAAAUUUUGCAGAUAAUCCUGCCCCAAUUUCGUAAUUUAACAUUUUUACACAUUUAUUCGAACCCAAAUUCAACUCUUUUGAGCACCGUAGCCCAUGACGAUUGUUUGGCAGCCAUUCAACAUAUCACGGAACACGGCAAAUCCCUGAGAGCGUUGACUUUACCGACAGUUUUUGAUAUCAACGAAGACUCUAUACUCGAUUUGUUCGAACAUUUGGAGCAAUUGAACCAAUUUGAGUGUUUAAAUAUUGAGAAAAUUCAAGGAAAACGUGUAACGCGUCAAGUUUCCAUGAAUCGACGAGCUUACAAUGAAUUUUUAUUGGAUAUGUCUUUACCUGGCGUGUAUUUUAGUAAGAAAUAAAAU